GAGUGGCUCUAGAGGGAAGGAAAAAGAAGAAAAAAAAAAGAAAACAGAAUUUAGAAGAAAGUUUUUUUUCAAAAAGCAAAACAAAAGUUAAGUGAUAAAACCACAAUUAAACGCGAACCAUCAUCACAAAUAUAACAUACUCGUGGACUCUUUAUCCUUGUUCAUUUACAGUCUCUUUAUUGUUCCUUGUUCUUGUAUUUGUUUGUUGUUUCGCUGCCUUUGCAAUUGUCGUCUAUUCACCGUUUCACCAAGAAAACAACUUUAGAGUUAAAGUUUAUCUACAGAAAUUGUUCAACCGAUUUAAUAGAAAAAUUUAAAAAUAUUUACAACAAUAUUUACCUUCAAUAAUAAGAUAUCACCAUGAGUUCCUCAUCUGUUAGAACGACUAAAUAUAUGUACAAAUCAUCCGGUGGUGGUGGACAUUUGGAUCUUGAAUAUGGAACCGAUAUUGGAGCCCUCACCAGGCUUGAGGAUAAGAUUCGACUUCUCCAAGAAGAUUUGGAAAGUGAACGGGAACUUAGACAAAGGAUCGAACGUGAAAAAUCCGACUUGACUGUCCAAUUGAUGAGCCUUUCUGAGCGACUCGAGGAGACAGAAGGUUCAAGUGAAACUUACGCUGAGAUGAAUAAGAAGCGAGAUUCUGAGCUUGCUAAGCUUAGGAAAUUGUUGGAAGAUGUUCAUUUGGAGAGCGAAGAGAAUUCUCAUCAUUUGCGAUCAAAACACCAAGCUGCCAUUGCUGAGAUGCAAGAUCAAGUUGAUCAAUUGCAAAAGGCCAAGAACAAGUCUGACAAGGAAAAGCAAAAGUUCCAAGCUGAAGUUUAUGAGCUUUUGAACCAAAUUGAGACUGCCAACAAGGAUAAAUUGGUUAUCCAAAAGACUGUUGAAAAGUUGGAACACACUGUUCACGAAUCCAGCAUCAGAAUUGAAGAGUUAACCCGAACAGUAAAUGAAGUUACCUCAACAAAGAGUCGAUUAUCCCAAGAGAAUGCUGAGUUGAUCAAGGAAGUUCACGAGUAUAAGGUUCAUCUAGAGAAUGCCAACCAUUUCAAGACCCAAUUGGCAACUCAAUUGGAAGACACCAAACGACGAUUAGAGGAUGAAGAAAGGAAACGAUCUUCCCUUGAAAAUCAUUGUCACACCAUUGAAAUCGAAUUGGAAUCUCUUAAAGUCCAACUUGAAGAGGAAUCAGAAGCCCGUUUGGAUAUUGAAAGGCAAUUAGCUAAGGCUAAUGGAGACUGUGCUUCAUGGAAGUCUAAAUACGAGGCUGAGCUUCAAGCUCACAACGAUGAAGUUGAAGAACUUCGACGAAAGAUGCAACAAAAGAUUUCUGAAUAUGAAGAACAGCUCGAGGCAUUACUCAAUAAGUGUAGCUCUCUUGAAAAGCAAAAGUCUCGACUUCAAAGCGAAGUUGAAGUACUCAUCAUGGACUUGGAGAAGGCAACAACUCAUGCUCAAAACUUAGAGAAGAGAUGUGCUGCUCUUGAACGAUCAAACUUGGACUUGAAGACCAAGGUUGAUGAGCUCAAUGGACUAUUAGAGAGUACCCAACGUGAUUUGAGAAACAAGAUGGCUGAAUUGCAGAAGUUGACACAUGAAUAUGAGAAAUUGAAGGAUCAAAAGGAUGCUUUGGUUCGGGAGAACAAGAAAUUGCAAGAUGACCUUUCUGAUGCUAAGUCUGCUCUUAACGAUGCUCAUCGACGAAUCCAUGAAAUGGAGAUCGAGAUUAAGCGCCUGGAAAAUGAGCGUGAAGAGCUUAGUGCUGCUUAUAAGGAAUCUGAAGCUAUGAGGAAACAAGAGGAAGCUAAAGCUCAACGAUUAGCCGCUGAGUUAGCUCAAGUUCGACAUGACUAUGAACGACGACUUGCUGCCAAGGAAGAAGAAUUAGAAUCUCUCAGAAAACAAAUGCAAAUCGAGAUUGAACAGUUGAACAUGCGAUUAGCUGAAGCUGAAGCCAAAUUGAAGACUGAAGUUGCUCGAAUCAAGAAGAAGAUGCAAGCUCAAAUAACCGAACUCGAAAUGAGUCUGGAUGUUGCCAACAAACAGAACUUAGAACUCCAAAAGACAAUCAAGAGACAAUCCCUUCAAAUCAGCGAACUCCAAGCUCAUUAUGAUGAGGUUCACCGACAAUUGCAACAAGCCGUUGACCAAUUGGGAGCCCAACAACGACGCAACCAAGCUCUCCAAGCUGAAUUGGAUGAACUCCGAGUCACCCUUGAGCAAACAAUCCGAGCUAAGCGUACCGCUGAGCAACAAUACGAGGAGUCCCAAACAAGGAUAAACGAAUUGACCACAAUCAACAUCAACUUAUCAUCAGCCAAGAGCAAAUUGGAAACAGAGUACUCUGCUCUUCAAGCCGACUACGAUGAAGUCCACAAGGAGUUGAGACUAUCUGACGAGAGAGUACAACGAUUAACCAUUGAAUUGAAAUCCACCAAAGAUAUUUUGAUUGAAGAGCAAGAACGAUAUGUUAAGAUUGAGUCAAUCAAGAAGUCCCUUGAAGUUGAGGUUAAGAGCUUACAAGUUCGUCUUGAAGAGGUUGAAGCUAAUGCUCUGGCUGGAGGCAAACGAGUUAUUGCCAAAUUGGAGAGUCGAAUUAGAGAUGUUGAGAUUGAAUUGGAGGAAGAGAAGAGAAGACACGCUGAGACCCAGAAGAUUAUGAGAAAGAAGGAACACCGAGUCAAGGAGUUGCUCGUACAAUCAGAAGAGGACCACAAGAAUGUCACUCUUCUCCAAGAAACUUGUGACAAAUUGAAUGAGAAGGUUAAGGUUUACAAGAGGCAACUCGCUGAAACGGAGGGAAUGAGUGCCCAAAAUCUAUCCCGAGUUCGACGAUUCCAAAGAGAAUUGGAAGCAGCUGAAGAUCGAGCUGAUAGCGCUGAAAGCAAUCUUUCAAUGAUUAGAGCUAAGCACAGAUCAUGGGUAACUACUAGCACAGUUCCUGGUGGAAUCAAACAAGUCUUUAUAACUGAGAGGGAAGAAUCAUCUCAUUAUUAGAAUCAAUCAAUCCCAAUCAAAAUCCUUUAAAAUAAAAAAACCAAAUAAACAAAUUAAAGCAAACCAAGCCACCUGAGGAAGAAGCAAGAUCCAUAAAAGGCAGAAAAACCUACCGACGAAAGAAGAACACGUCCACCAAUAUCUUAAGAUCCAUUAUUAAAUUUACAUUGUCAAUUCGAAUGUCAGCCAUCAACAACUGCUACAAUCAAUAACUACUACAAAGACAACAAUUAAAUUGAGAAUUGCGAAAAGAAACAUAAGGUGAAGUUAAUAAUAAAAGAAGAAAGGAACAAAA